AUGGAUAAGGCCAUCGCUGGAGGUCUGAAUGUCACGGAUCAGUCCAAACUGCACGUCCAGUGGUACCAGAACGGAUCGUACUGGGAAACCGUCUCGUACCAGCUUCGCGGAAGCGACAGCGUCGGCAUCAGCAAGGUUUUACUUCUCCAUUCCCCGUCUCCCAUAGCCCUGCUCACACAUCUCCAGGGCGCUUUGGUACACUUCUCCGAAGAACAGGCGAACAAUGACACGGCUCCCACCCUCACGCCGUGGAUCGCCAUGGUCUCUUGUGACCGCAACGCCUCUAACAUGUCGAUGGAGAUCGACAUCUUCACCCUCGCCAGAGAUAAGGGCGCUGUCGGUGCCCUCCUCUACUCCCUCAAUUCUUCCGCAUGCAUCAUCAACGCCGAAUAUGCCGACCCAGAGACUUACGACCAGGUCUUCGACAUCUUCUCGACACAAAGCAAGACCUCUGCGCAUCUGAUCGAGUACCAGUUUGGCCAGAGCGGCGCUAACGAAACUCUAUACGGUUCCUAUGACUCGCAACGCCUGAACGAUUCCUUCAGCGUCAUCAACAACAGUGUCGCGACCGGUACACCGAUGGCCCCAGGAUAUCUCUUUGCGACAUUGCAGGCGUACAACGCAACAGACAAUACGACAUCCUCCGGCGGGGGCUCUAAUAGCGAGAACCACUCGUCGGGCAACAAGAAUACGACGCUGGCUAUGAUUAUUCUCUACGUUAUAACGGGCCUCGUAUCCGCCCUGUUCUGCGCAGUCAUUGUGUCUGGGGCUAUUCGCGCUGUCCGCCACCCGGAGCGCUACGGUCCUCGGGGAAUGAUGCACCGCGGCGGCGUGCCAGGAGAGUACGGCCCUCAGAGUCGCGCGAAGGGUAUCACUCGCGCCAUCUUGGACACAUUCCCCCUGGUGCACUACCGCCGCCCCGCAGACGCGCCGCCCAAAGACGUAGAGGAAGACGGCGAAUCGCGCAUGUGGCAGAUGCGGGACAUGCCCUCGCCGUCUAGCCACUCCGGGGCGGGCGGAAUGGGCGGCGCCGCUGCCGCUCAAGCUCCGAGCGAGGCGGGCAGCGAUGCCCACGAUGCGUCGCGCAGGCGGUCUGGCAGCAUGACGCAAGACUUGGCGGACCAGUGUGACACGGCAUUCACGAGCGGGCAGGACAGUGCGAGGAGCGAGAGUGGUCCCUCUACAUCAGGCCCUGCGCCGCAAUCUGCUGGUGCAGAGAUCAGCCCGGAUGCUAUGGGCACGGAGACGUGUCCUAUCUGUAUCGUCGACUUUGAGGAGGGAGAUGACUUACGCGUUCUACCCUGUGCGGGCAGGCAUCAGUUCCAUCAGCGAUGUGUGGAUCCCUGGCUGUUGCAGCUUUCGUCCUCCUGCCCCAUCUGCCGUCAAGAUUUCCUUGCCCUGGAGAAUAUGCUGGCCCAGGGCCCUGACGAGGAUGGAGAGCCUGGGCAGCCUUCAAUGCACUCGCGCCCGGAACCCACUACGUCCACUUCUCACAGCCGCUUCUCUCGCUACCUGCGCUUCGCACGUAGGCGCAGGCAUGAGGCAAACGAGCAGGGGCCUCCGCCGCCUCCCCCACCGCCCAUGGUUGUCCCGCUCUAG